GGCCAGCCAGGCUGCAUGAGUCUUCCUCCGCCACCCCGUCCUUGUCUCCCUGUCAUUCUUCCUGCUCUCUCCUUUGGGGUGGCUUCGUCUCCGGGGCGGUCUCACGUCUCCCCCUCCUCUUCUCUGAACUCCGCUCCACCCCGGAGCUAGAGGUCAGCGUGCAGCGGCGCCGGUCCGUGGAUGGCCUUGACUGACAGCGGCUGGUGCUUGUCGAAGCGCGUGGGGGCCGCGGCCGCGGACGCCAGCGAUUCCGGAGCCUUCCCAUCCCGGGAGCCCUCCACGCCGCCUUCCCCUCUCUCCUCCUCUUCCUCCUCCUGCUGCUCCCGGGGUGGGGAGCGCGGCCCCAGCAGCGUCAGCAACUGCCGGACGCCACAGCUCGACACGGAGGUGGCGGCAGGACCCCCGGCCCGGUCGCUGCUGCUCAGCCCCUACGCUUCGCAUCCCUUCGGGGCUCCCCACGGACCUUCGGCGCCCGGGGUCGCUGGCCCAGGGAGCGGCCUGGCGAACUGGGAGGAACUGCUGCUCUUCACUGACCUCGAUCAGGCCGCGACCGCCAGUAAGCUGCUGUGGUCCAGCCGCGGCGCCAAGCUGAGUCCCUUCGCACCCGAGCAGCCCGAAGAGAUGUACCAGACCCUCGCCGCCCUCUCCAGCCAGGGGCCAGCCGCUUACGACGGCGCGCCCGGCGGCUUCGUGCAUUCGGCAGCCGCCGCAGCGGCGGCGGCGGCGGCCAGCUCCCCAGUCUACGUGCCCACCACGCGCGUGGGGUCCAUGCUGCCCGGCCUGCCGUACCUGCAGGGGGCGGGCAGCGGGCCCGCCAAUCACCCGGGCGGCCCGGGUGCACACCCCGGCUGGCCGCAGGCCUCGGCCGACAGCCCCCCGUACGGCAGUGGAGGCGGCGCGGCGGGCGGCGGGGCCGCGGGGCCCGGCAGCGCCGGCUCAGCCGCGGCGCACGUCUCGGCGCGCUUCCCCUACUCGGCUAGCCCGCCCAUGGCCAACGGCGCGGCGCGGGACCCUGGGGGCUACGCGGCGGCCGGCGGCGGGGGCACUGGCGGCGUUGGCGGCGGCGGCAGCUUGGCGGCCAUGGGCGGCCGGGAGCACCAGUACAGCUCGCUGUCGGCCGCGCGGUCGCUGAACGGGACGUACCACCACCAUCACCACCACCACCCGAGUCCCUACUCGCCCUACGUGGGGGCGCCGCUGACAUCCGCCUGGACCGCCGGACACUUCGAGACCCCGGUGCUGCACAGCCUGCAGAGCCGCGCCGGAGGCCCGCUCCCCGUGCCGCGGGGCCCCAGCGCAGACCUGCUGGAGGACCUGCCCGAGAGUCGCGAGUGCGUGAACUGCGGUUCCAUCCAGACGCCGCUGUGGCGGCGGGACGGCACCGGCCACUACUUGUGCAACGCCUGCGGCCUCUACAGCAAGAUGAACGGCCUCAGCCGGCCCCUCAUCAAGCCGCAGAAGCGCGUGCCUUCCUCCCGGCGGCUUGGACUGUCCUGUGCCAACUGUCACACCACAACCACCACUUUAUGGCGUAGAAAUGCCGAGGGCGAACCUGUGUGCAAUGCUUGUGGACUCUACAUGAAACUCCAUGGGGUGCCCCGACCGCUUGCUAUGAAAAAAGAGGGAAUUCAAACCAGGAAACGAAAACCCAAGAACAUAAAUAAGUCAAAGGCUUGCUCUGGCAAUAGUAAUAAUUCCGUUCCUAUGACUCCAUCUUCCACCUCUUCUAACUCAGAUGAUUGCAGCAAAAAUACUUCCCCUACAACACAACCAACAGCCUCAGGGGCGGGUGCCCCGGCGAUGCCUGGCACAGGAGAAAGCACUAACCCCGAGAACAGCGAGCUCAAGUACUCAGGUCAAGAUGGGCUGUACAUAGGCGUCAGCCUGGCCUCACCGGCCGAAGUCACGUCCUCCUCGGUGAGACAGGAUUCGUGGUGUGCACUUGCCCUGGCCUGAGCCUGCUGCCGCUGCUGGAGCAGGGAGGCCCUCGGGACCCGCGGUGAUUAUGCCACACUGUGCAAACUGGGGCGAGUAUGCUGACAGAACAUUCCUCUGAUGUGUGAUUUCCGUGCCUUUAUUUUGAAAGAGAUGCAUUUCCCAAGAGGCUUGUGCUGCCUUACCAGCCAGCCCCUGUCAGUGAAGAGCCAGGGAGAAGAUGGAGCGCUUCCUGGGAAGGCCGGCGCAGCCCACAGCACGCGGCCUCCUCCCUGGCUGCGGCCACUUCCAACCAGCCUGCCUCUGGGUCUGCCAGGGCACCCGCUGUGCCACUUCCAGAAACCUGGACUAGGCCUGGGGCCUUGCCUGCUAAGGAAUAUUGAGAUUUUCAAAGAAAGGUUUUAUGUGUAUUGCCCCAAAUCAUGUGCUUCUUCUGAUUUCUUAAUACCUUUCCACACCCAGAUUUCACGUGCGUUCACGGAGAAGACCAUUUGAGGCCAUUUGGUACACACCUCUGGAGGCUGAGUCGGUUCAUGAGGUCACUUGUCAAAAAUAUUGCUGAGUUUGCAGGACUGCAUUAUAACUGUAACAUACACUGUGACUGGCGUUUCUCAAAGUUCAUAUUGUGUGACUGACCUGAAGUCAGUUGGAAUUUGUAAACAGGGUAGCAAACAAGAUAUUUUUCUUCCAUGUAUACAAUAAUUUUUUUAAAAAGUGCAAUUUGCGUUGCAGCAAUCAGUGUUAAAUCAUUUGCAUAAGAUUUAACAACAUUUUUUAUAAUGAAUGUAAACAUUUUAACUUAAUGGUACUUAAAUAAUUUAAAAGAAAAAUGUUAACUUAGACAUUCUUAUGCUUCUUUUACAACUACAUCCCAUUUCUAUAUUCCCAAUUGUUAAAGAAAAAUAUUUCAAGAACAAAUCUUCUCUCAGGAAAAUUGCCUUUAUUCAUUUGUUAAGAAUUCUUAUACAAGAACACCAAUAUCCCCCCUGUAUUUUACUGUGGAAUAUGUGCUGGAAAAAUUGCAACAAAACUUUACUACCUAACAGACAAUAUUUGUAAAUAUUCUAGGUAUCUGUACACACUAAGGUGAAGUCUCUACAGUGUGACUAACCCAUAGGCAGGUUGGUUUACAUUAAUUUUUUAAAAUGGGAUGUCAUAUGGAAACCUAUUUCACCAGAGUUUUAAAAAUAAAAAGGGUAUUGUUUGUCUUCUGUACAGUGAAUUCCUUCCCUUUCAGUUUCAUUUUAAUACUGUAUAGACAUUCAUAUAAAACAAGCACAUGUGAUGUUUUUUGCAAAUUGCCUUACGGCCUUCAUGUCCAUGAAUUGUCCUUUUGGAGCUGUUUUAUAGCUUGGUUUAUUUGAAGUUGGCACAUGGAGUUAUCACUUUCAAUUUGCAUUGGGGAAAAUUUUUAUAAUUAAAGGGACCCAGUAGCAGAUCACAUUAUCUGAGAUUAAUAAGCAUUCUCUUUAGGAACAGUUCUUGAAAAAAAUUGAAAAAGUCUAGAGUUUUCCCCCCUUUGAACGAAAUACUUUAUAGUCCAGAAACGGACGAUCUCCUCUCUGGAACCUCCCUUUUGCAAAGUGCCACCAAGUCUCAGAGCUCAUCUGAGGUUGAAGUCCUUCCACUCACCAGAAGGUAUAGAAUGAUCUGAACUAUCUCUACUUUCCUUCACUGUUGGGUGGAUUUCAGGAAGUCAAGAAGCUGUUCCACAACACAACAUGGUGUAAUUUCAUCUUGGCUCCAAGGUGUGGGCCACUUUUCAUGCACUGAUUACAGCCAUUCUAUGGGGUCCAGUUAGAUUCAAGAGAAGGGAAGUCUUCCUCUGGUGGGUGGUGCUGGAAGUCAGACAUAGGGCUGGGGUAUGUGUGUGUCUGGGGAAGUCACUGAAGCCUGCAUGCACCCUAAAACCAUAGCGUGAGCUAGAAACAUGGACAGAGGGCUGGAUUUGGAGUCAGAUCACUAGGCUUCCAGCCCUGCUCUGCAUGCAUGAGCUCUGUGGCCUUGGGCAAGUUAUCCAACUCAUUUUCCCUCAACUGUAAAAUGAUGCCAGUAACACACAACUUCUAACUCAAAGGAGAGCGUCCAUAUAAAGUGCCUAGCGCAGGGCUUGGUGCACAGUAAGCAUUGAGUGUGAACAUGACUGAAAAAGCGUGGCAGGAGCUCUUAACAAAUGGGUGUUUGGGAUGUCUAAGGCCUUUGCAGAAUCACAGGGACUAAGACACCCCUGGCUCACCUGCAUUUCUUCCACAACGCUGAGGAGAGUGAUGCGAGGGAUUCCCCUGCCCAGGGGGUGGCAGAGAUGGAUGGGGAGGAUGCUUGAAAGACCAGUGUGAGUUCAGCGGAUUGUUUAAUAGGACAGGGCUGGUCUGACGGCAAAGAAAGUUAUUAUCCCUCGUUUUUUUCUCCCUCAUUCCUCUUAUGGUUUUCAUUACUUUGAGUCCUUUCUGGUGGGUUGGUAGUUGUUGAGUUAAUAUCUUUUGAUUGGAAAAUGAAUUUUUCUUAUUGAGGCUUCCAAAUCCUUUUUUAUGGGUAUGCUGCCGAAUGUUGCUACUUCCAACCCUAAGGUGCCAUUCGGCUGCCCAAGCUCCUCUUCAGAACACAAAGGGGGAGGAAGUACGGCUGUCAUGGAAUGCCCAGGGGCAGAGGAGAAGGCGGGGACUGUUUUAUCACAGUGAGCUCCGCUGAUCUGGGCUUUUUCAAUGGUCGCUUUCUCAUCCGUGAUUGUGCACAGUGGAAGUCUGAUCAUUUCUAACAAACAUACAAUCAGCACCCCUACCCAGAGUAUGAUAAUCAAAGAAAAGUCAUUUCUCGCAUUGGUCAUUGUGGCUAAGUUGGCUGGAGUGUAGCCCCGUGCACCGAAGGGUCUUUGGUUUAGUUCCAGGUCAGGCCACAUGCCUAGUUUGAAGAUUUGAUCCCAGUUGGUGUGGGAGGCAACCGAUCUAUGUUUCUCACGUGGAUGUUACUCUCCCUCUCCCUCUGUCAAAUCAAUGAAAACAUAUCCUCAGGUGAGGAUUAAAAAACAAAACAAAGCACAAGUUAUUUCUCAAGAAUUGCAUUGACAUAGAUACACCUUAGCUUAGAGCAGUGGUUCUUAACCUUCUAGCCCUUUAAAUACAGUUCCUCAUGUUGUGACCCAACCAUAAAAUUAUUUUCGUUGCUACUUCAUAACUGUAAUGUUGCUACUGUUAUGAAUCGUAAUGUAAAUAUCUGAUAUGCAGGAUGGUCUUAGGCGACCCCUGUGAAAGGGUCGUUCGACUGCUAAAGGGGUCGUGACCCACAGGUUGAGAACCUCUGGCUUAGAGAGUGCUCAGACCCAUUACCGAGGGCUUCAGAAAGUAUGUCCUCUGCCCCUCUUGGCUGAUGUUAGGCCAUCUUACAUAACCGAAAGCUCUGUUUGAGGUUUCUCUUCAGGGUCACUUUGUGUUGUUUCCUGGUGCCUAUGGGAGGGUCAGGAAAGCAAAGGGAGCCAUUCAUUUCCCCCUGCAAGUAAAUUAACUUCUUGCUCAUGGGCAAUGUUUUCCCCAGUCCUUGGAAAAUUGAUGUAAUUUCAGAUUAUAGAUAGGUUAGCUGCUGGAAGGGCAAUACAGCAGGUCCUCGUGACUCCGCCAGAUUCCAGGCUGCUCUCAUUUCGAGGCAGCGUGGUGCCUUCGGUGCGUUAAGGCCUCUCCUUGCCUGGGCGUUGUCCAUGGGGUCUUCAGAUCCCUGUACUCUGAGGAGGAAGUGCUAGGUGUGUGGGAGGCUGGAAGGGGGACGUAGAAUAAGGCAGCCCUAGCUAAUUAGAAUGUGUUUUGUUUCUGGGUUGAAAUAGUAAGUCAGUUUGGGAAUCUCCUGUUUGGAAGCUUUAAAGGGCAGUCAGAUAUGAGUUGGUUAUUUUAUAUGAGAACGAUUAAUAAGUUUGUUAGAUCAAAUCUUUGAAAACAGGGUCUGUGGGUAAAGAUUCUGUGCAGCUCUGGCCACUUGGGUCCUCGAGAUGGAUUCUGUGUGGCUGAACCAUUAGCUCCAGCUAACGCACGCCUGUCUGCUAUGGGUUUUGGAGGCGGGGACAAGGUUGGGGUCAAGGUGCUAGCUCUUUGUAGGAUCUGUAGAGGAAAGGAAUCAUAUGGUGUCUUCAGUUUCAACUAUAAGAUAUUACAGGCUGAAAGCCUAAGUUCAGAGGAACUUUGGGUAGAUAAAUUCUGGCCGAUAGUUCCAAAUGCUUCUAAAGGAGAGUCAGGCUGUUGCAGGUGCACGUCGACCUCUGAGACUCACGGCAGAGUGAGUGAUCACGCCCCCACCAAGUCCACUAAGGCAGGUCCCAAAUCUGCACUGGAGGACGAGCAGGACAGCUGGUCCUCACUGUUCUCCCUGCUCAGCUGUCACAGGGACAUAUCCAUUCCACAGUCAAUAUCACUGUUUUUGUUAAAGAGAUACUCAUUCUCUUUGUGUUUUUUU